UUUUUUUUAACUUGCAGCUGUCUGAAUAAGUUUGAAAGAAAGUUGCAAUCUCUAAGAAUGGGAGAUGAGCCAAGAUUCAGUGAGAAAUGGGAUUUCAGAAGGAAAGAUAACGAGUUUGAAGAUUCUUCAAGCGAUGAUCCAGAUUCAAACUCGACCCAGGAUCCUAUUAUUCAUAAUCCAAAUGUUCUUCUUGAUUCGAGUCAGGUCGAUAAUGGACCAAAAACAGUGACUAGAGAAGAACCUGUGAAAACCCGGAAGAGGAGAAGCAAGAAAGAUGAAAGUAAACCUGAGAAACCUAAGCAAGUAGGAAGACGGAAACCGAAAACUGUUUCUGCAGAGGAGAAUAAGAAGAAAGAAGAAAUGGGAACUGUUUCUGCAGAGGAGACUAAGAAGAAAGAAGAAAUAGGGACGGGUAUGGAUGGUGUUGGAAUGUUUAUGGAGACAUUGCUUGAUGAUCUUACGGCUUCUAGAGAGCGUUUAAUGGAUUGGGUGAAGACUGAAUUGUAUGGAGCAUCGGAUGAAAAUGUUGCAUCUCGGCCGCCUUCGAAGAAGCGAGGGGUUGCUGCUGCGGUAGCAGCAAAGAGACCAGUGAAGAAGAGAAUGACGAAGAAGAAGAAGGAAGAGGAGGAGAAGAUGAAGAAGAAGGAAGAAGAGGAGAAGGAGAGUGAAAAGCAGAGAAAACCAAGCGAGCACAGUCAAGAGAUGAACACACCUGAAGAGAAAAUUUCAGAGAUUGCUCCAAACGGUCGUGAUCUUGAUUGUAUUGCUAGACCAUUGGAUAGGUUUCUAGAGGGCGGUCAAGGGAUGUACAUACCUAAAGAGAAAACUCCAGAGAUUGCACAAAGCGGUGGAGAUUUGGGUUCUAAUGCUGGACUGUUGGAUAAGUUUCUUAAGGGCGGUCCAGGUGGUUUCGGUAGAAACUACUUUCAGCAACUACAAGAAGAUCAAGAAGCGCUUGUUACGCAAACAGAGAUGGAGAAUUCGAAAAAUGAGACCGUGAAGAGUCAGAAGAGCAUUGUUUUGGCCAUUCAAGCUCCAAAUCUGAGUAAGAAACAAAAGAAGACAAGUGAAGCUAACACCAACAAGAACAGAUCAUCAAUGGUGGAGAGAACAGGGCAAGAAACGCAGACAGAUCAUAACUUUGGGACACCCUUUGCGUCACAACUGUCUUCAUCAUCAUCGUUGCCGAGUUUUCCGGUAUCUUCUUCCUUGUUUCCAAAACUUUCUUCACAAUCGUUGCUGCCAAGUUUUCCAGUACCUUCUUCAUUGUUUCCUUUGUCAAGCCAAGGGAUCACUCCACUAGCAAGCAACACCAACUUUGAACCGAGACAACCAGUAGCUCAGGCUCCUGAUCUUUCUGAAUUUCAGACAGGAGUACAAGGAUUUGAGAAUUCUAUGUUUCACAACAAUGGCUACUUUUCUGGUUUUCCAGCAGCUUUCCAGCCUCAUCUGUUAGCCGGCGGUUAUAAUUUUCCACAACAACUGAAUUCUGCGACUUCUUCACAGCAGAGAGACGAUAACAAUAUGUUCGGAGGUCUGAGGAUGGCAGGUGGAGCCAUAAGAUAUUCUGGUAACAGAGUUCCCGAAGCCGAAGUUGGAAGCUGUAUUAGCGGCUUCUCUGAAUACAGAACUAGCUCUGGUAGAUAAAUGC